AUGCCUCACUCAAAAACACCUGGUGGCCAAGCUGCCUCGGCGAAGUUCCUUAAACAAGAAGCUCAAAAGCACGGCGAAGGUGCCACAAAUGCAGCAGGUCACACCGAUGGAAAGCAACCUGGAGAGGCAUCGGUCGCAUCAGAUUCAGGGAAUGUUGGCGUGGGUAUCGAAAAGGGGACAAAUCAACCAGGCGAGAAGGGAAUUGGAGGGCCAAAUAUCGGUCCUGUGCCAGAAAGUCUGAAGGAGACGAGAGGCGCAUAG